AGGAGGAGGAGGAUCUGCCUUCCCGAGACACCAGCCCAGUGCUGCCAGGCGUCCGCCAGCCCAGCCCGGUGACCAUGAAAGCCAUUAGCCCGGUGCGGUCCGUCAGGAGCUGCUACGAAGCCGUGUGCUGCCUGUCGGACCAGAGCCUGGCCAUCGCCCGGGGCAGCCCCAGCAAGAGCCCGGCGCUGGAGGAGCCCAUGAGCCUGCUCUACGACAUGAACGAUUGCUACUCCAAGCUGCGCGAGCUGGUGCCGGGCAUCCCGCAGGGCACGAAGCUGAGCCAGGUGGAGAUCCUGCAGCACGUCAUCGACUACAUCCUCGACCUGCAGAUCGUGCUGGAGGAGCAGGCGAAGGGCCAGGACCCGUCCGCCGACACCUCUCUCCUCUCCCUGAAGGCCUCUGAACUCGCCUCUGAACUGUGCUCGAAAGACGAGAGACAUUUGUGCCAUUAAUGUCUUCCCCCCCCCCACCACCACCAGACUGCAGGUGUGGGAUCAUAACACUUGGCUCUCUCCAAGGGAGGUGAAGAGAGACCUUGACUUGGAAAGGAUCAGACUUCAACCCCAUGAAUCCAAUAAUGGAGGGACCUCAGCCUUUAUCUUCCAGAUAUUGUGUCUGUGGAACAUGUGGCACAAGGCAUUGGAUGCUUGGCUGGUUUUUUAGUACUGUUUCUGCUUCCCACUCUGCUUCUUGCCUGAAAAUAAAUCUCAACAGGCCAGGAAAGACUUUUGGUUCUGCUCUCUCCAUCCCCCAUUCAGAAAUGGAUCUGAACUCUUGAAUAUUUGAAUUUAACCGCCUCAUUGCACAAGGGCAAGAAAAGCUGGGAAGUCCUGACUCCUUGAGCAUCAUCUGCACUGUAAGAUCAGUGUUUUGUGUUCGCAAAAUCCCAAGUGUGCUAGACUGGCUCCCCAGUCAUUAUAUAGAUAUCUUUAAAACAUGGCUGGCUAUAAAUGAGAGCACAACAUGCUUUAAAAAGACUUGCAGAGAUGCAGUUGUAUGUAUAUUUUUGGAUUAUAGUGUGAUUUUAAAAAAAAAAAAUCCUUACAGGGGGCUGGGUAGGGGGUAAUACCAACAAGAAUUUCAAAAAUGAGUUGUUCUGGGGCUGUGGCCCCAUGUUUAUUGUUGAACUCUAUAAUAGAGUAUAAUGUUUGUACCUUUUUUGCAGGAAGGUGAAUUUCUGCGAUCAUGCAUUGUACUUGCUUUAUAAACUUUUUAUAAAAGUUAAAAGUUUUUACAUAAUAAAAUUAAGUUUGUUUUUUGA